GUCGUAGAGCUGCUACGGAAAGCUGGGGCACCCAUUAUCGGGAAAGCGAAUUGUGAUGAGUUUGGUAUGGGGUCGCUCAACAUCCACUCAGACCACGGUCCUGUCGUGAAUCCAUGUCAAGUGCCUUCUACAUUCGUUCCAUGGCAUGAACGAGAGCGCAGGUCGGCAGGAGGCAGCUCGGGUGGCAGUGCGGCUGCCGUUGCCUCUGGGAUGUGUUAUGCCGCGUUGGGCACAGACACCGGCGGUUCCAUUCGCUUACCGGCCUCAUACUGUGGAGUGGUUGGACUGAAGCCAUCCUACGGCGUCGUUAGUAGAUGGGGCGUGGUCUCGUACGCAGACAGUUUAGACUGCGUUGGAGUGUUCGGCGCCAACGUUGACUACGUGAGCAAGGUAUUCAACACUAUUGCACAGUACGACAGCCGGGAUCCAUCAGCUGCCACGCUAGAAACAAGGGCACAAGCUAAGUCAGAGUGCCAACGAACACUGUCAGAUUGGACGGAUUCAUCAAAUUUGUCUGGAUUGCGGAUAGGCAUACCGCAGGAAUACUUCCCUUCGGAGCUUAAUACGGCAAUCGUAGAACCACUCAGAAAGCUCAUCUCCACCUUGAAGGGCCGGGGAGCGUCCAUCGUCGCCGUCUCCCUACCAUCCACACGAUACGCUCUUAGUGCAUACUAUGUCAUUGCGAGUGCUGAAGCUAGUAGUAACCUAGCACGCUAUGACGGUAUCGAAUAUGGCUUGCGAGUCGACCCCCCAAGGACGGCUGACACGACGAAAACCGCCAAUGUCUACGCAUACACGCGCACUCAAGGCUUCGGAGCCGAGGUGCAGAAGCGCAUACUCCUUGGCACGUACGCCCUGACCGCAGAUGCCUUUGACAACUACUUCCUACAAGCGCAACGCCUGCGUAACCGUGUUCGUGCCGACUUCGACCAGGUCUUCCGCGUGCGUAACGUCCUCAGCCACGCGUCCGAACAUCCCCAUGUUCCCGACGCAGUGGAUGUCCUCCUGCACCCAUCUGCCAUCCAGACGGCCCCGCUGUUGGAUGCCAAGAGGGCUCAUGGCGAUUUGAGCGCAUACGUGCAAGACGUGCUCACGGUCCCGGCGUCCCUGGCAGGCCUUCCCGCCAUAAACGUCCCCAUCGGAUUAGGAGAAGAUGGUUGGCCGAUCGGCGCGAGUGUGGUUGGACAGUGGGGCUGCGAUGAGGUGGUUUUAAAGGUCGGGAAGGUUAUCGAAGGCAUCCAGUUGACAUCGCGUUCUCUCCUAUGAACGUAUUGCAAUGCACACGAAGCCGAAUUGGUCAAUACCAACGUGUCAAGGUGAAAGUAUACGUGUAGCGAUGGCACGACUGCGUUUAGUAGAUAUGCGCUGCAAUAUCAGAGUAGAACGACAACACAUGCGAGGCACCAGGCGU